AUGGUUAGGUAUCUGCUAUGUGCACUGUUCACUAGUGCAAUUCUUUUGACAUGUAACACAUUCACAAAUGGCAUAGAAGCUAUUAAAACAAUCUAUGUGGGUAAGUCACAAAGUAUCCAAGCAGCCAUCAAUUCUGUUCCUUCAAACAACAAGAACUGGGUUUGCAUCUCUGUCUCAGCUGGAGUUUACAAGGAAAAGGUUGUAAUUCCAGCAGACAAGCCAUUUAUUUAUUUGAAAGGAGAAGGAAAGGAUAAAACUAGUGUUGUAUGGAGUGAUUCCUUUGGUACAAUCUUUGAUAUGCCAACUUUUAGUUCCAUAGCUGACAAUAUUUUGGUACAAGGCAUCACUUUUGUGAACGGUUACAAUUAUCCGCCAAGCAAGAACAUGAAUCCGGUGAAGGUGGCGGUGGCAGCGAGGAUAUCGGGCGACCAAUCAGCCUUCUACCAGUGUGGUUUUUCGGGUUAUCAAGACACAUUGUUGGACGAUAAGGGUAAACAUUACUUCAAGUUUUGCACCAUUGAAGGAGCUGUGGAUUUCAUCUUUGGAAACGGUCAAUCGAUUUAUGAGAAAUGCAACAUAUUAUUGAAUGUGGGAAUACCAAAUCCUGCUUCAACAGGUUACAUAACUGCACAAGCAAGAAAGAAUAAAUAUGAAACUGGUGGCUUUGUGUUCAAAUUUUGCAAUGUUUAUGGAAAAGGACAUGCCUUCCUCGGUAGAGCAUGGUACCCUUAUUCAAGAGUCAUUUACUAUGCUUCCUCUCUCUCAAACAUAAUCGUUCCCGAAGGAUGGCAACUUUGGAGUCGUGACGAGCCUAAGAGCACAAUAACUUUCGCCGAUGAAAGAUGCAAGGGAGCCGGAUCGAACAAGUCCAAGCGCGUAGCGUGGGUGAAAACCCUAACGCAGCAAGAAUUUAAGUAUUUUACAAGCUUAUCUUACAUCGACAAUGUGGGGUGGAUUAGUAGGCUGCCUGUUAGAAUAUAA